AUGGAAGGAGUAAAGAAGCUGCAUAUAGUUAGAGAAAUUUGGUUACAGAGUGUUCUGGCCAUCAUACUUGAUGAUGGCUCGGAGACAAAGCUGUAUCCCCUGACGAAGAGAAUAUCAAAAGGAGCUAUUCCAAUAGCAGCAAACUACAGGCUCAUUGACAUUGUGGUGAGCAACUGCAUCAACAGUAACAUUAUCAGGAUAUAUGCUCUAACUCAGUUCAACUCCACCUCCCUAUAUUCUCAUCUGUCAAGAGCCUAUUCUAACAUUGGGCUUGGGAAGGAUGGUUUUAUAGAAAUUUUGACCGCAUGCCAAAGCCCUGAAGAGCAAGGUUGGUUUAAGGGAAAUGCAGAUGCUGUUAGGAGAUGGUUGUGGGUAUUAAAAGAUCAUCCAGUGGAGGAGUUUUUGGUUCUUUCCAGUCACCAUAUUUAUGAAAUGGACUAUGCAAAACUUAUUAAAGGACAUAGAGAUAGCAGAGCAGAUAUCACAGUUGCUGUUUCAUGUAACAGAAGGAACAAUAAUCCCAGUUAUGAUUUCUUAAUACAGAAUCACCGAAAGAAAUUUCUUGAAGUCAAACAUGCACCAGAUAUGGAUGAAGAUAAAUUUGCAGCAGUGAUAGCCAAAAUUGACAAUCUAGUUCCUAUAAGUUACACCAUAAGGAUCUUUAUGCAUGGAAUGCAGAUAGGAAUUUCUACAAAAGAAGAAGUUUGUGGUGCCAGAAGCAUGGGAAUCUUUGUCAUCAAGAGAGACAUGAUGAUCAAACUCUUAGAAAAAGUCCUACCUAAAGCCAAUGAUUUCAGAAGUGAAGUUAUCCAAGGCGCAAUUUCCAUGGGAUUGAAGGUCCAUGCUUAUAUGUUUGAUGGACAAUGGGAGGACAUCGAAACAAUUGAAGCCUUCUACCAUGCCAACAUUGAAAGUGCGAGGAGAACAUCUCACGGCUUCAAUUUCCAUGACAGAAACUCUCCUAUCUACACCAUGCCACAUUGCCUACCACCUACUGUAGUUACCAAUGCUCUCAUAAGAGGGAGCAUUAUUGGUGAUGGUUGCAUUCUACGUAGGUGCAAGAUCACUGAUUCCGUGAUUGGCAUGCGAACAUAUAUCGGAGAAGAAGCAGUGAUCGAGGAUUCUGUGAUCAUGGGUAGUGACUUUUACCAAACAGAUGUGCAAUGGAGCUGGACAAAAUUGCAAGGCUUCAAUGUCCCAGUUGGGAUUGGAGAACAAACUCAUAUUCGAAGGGCUAUAAUUGAUAAGAAUGCAAGGAUAGGGAGAAAUGUCAGGAUUGUUAACACACAUGGGGUCCAAGAAUGUGACAGGGAGGCUCAUGGAUACAUCAUUUCUGGGGGCAUAGUUGUUGUUUUGAGUAAUGCAGUAAUUCCAGAUGGCAGCAUGCUCUAACUGGCCCAUGAUGCAGGGUAGGAUUCUCUUAUUAUUUUACUUUUACAAGGAAGACUAAAAACAAGAUUUGAAGAUGAUGUGAACAAGAGAUUUAUAUACAGAAUUACAAUUUUCAUCCAUGUUUUUGUUUUUUUUUUCAUCUACUUUUCCUUUUCUCUUUUUACAGAAUAGGCAGAAAGCACCAGAUCAACUCCCAUAAGCAAACACACCGUCCAGUUAGCCCCAUCACCAUCCCUUGCAUCCAAAUUGAGUGUUGUCAUGCCCAUAGUCCCCUAAAAUAUUUUCAACUAAAUCAAACUACUUGGAUCAUGAAUGACUUGAUGCUAUAAAUACAGCCACUGCUCAUACAAGUGGUGGAAACAAAACGAGCUCAUGUCCCAAUUGAUCCCUGCUCUCGCAUUCAGCAGUUUUAGCAAUAACCACUCUCACAAAAACUCCCGUCUCCACCAAUCCUAAAGCCCUCUCUCUCUCUCUGUCAUCCGACCAGCAUCUGCUCUCUUAUUUCCACCCCAUUAAACAACAAUAAUAAUUAUUAUAAUUGAAGAAGAAUCAACUAUAAAAGUCCCCGAGAUAAAAGACAGAUCAACGGUCAUGCAAACAAAAAAACUCAAUCAAAAAUAAAUCAAAUUGGCGAUUUUAGGUACUAAAACUAGAA